AUGGGGGAGGGGCCGGUCUACAUCCGGGGCCGUGUGAGGCUGGUCCCGGUGCACCGGAGCCAAUGGACUGGAGCCCGCUGAGUCACGGGGUCUGCAGGGCGGAGCAGCAGACCCCUUGAUCCGGCUCCAGUCCCUGGUCUCGGCUCAGAGGUCCCAGUCCCUGAUCCGGUCCCUGAUCCGGUCCCUUUACCAGUCCCUGACCCGGUCCCUUUACCAGUCUCUGAUCCGGUCCCUGAUCCGGUCCCUGAUCCGGUCCCUUUACCAGUCUCUGAUCCGGUCCCUGAUCCGGUCCCUUUACCAGUCUCCGAUCCGGUCCCUGAUCCGGUCCCUUUACCAGUCUCUGAUCCGGUCCCUGAUCCGGUCCCGACACCAUGUCCGCGGGUCCUGAGCCGGUGGGCUACAUCACGCGGGUCCAGAGCUUCAGCGCCUGUCACCGGCUGCACAGCCUUCACCUGAGUGACGAGGAGAACCGGAGAGUCUAUGGAAAGGUACACACACACAACUACACACACAACUACAAAGUGGAGGUCACAGUGCGUGGAAAGAUUAACGGACUCACCGGGAUGAUCAUGAACCUGACGGACCUGAAGAGAUGCAUUGAGGAUGCCAUCAUGACUCCUCUGGACCACAAGAACCUGGACCAGGACGUGCCCUACUUCUCCACCGCCGUCAGCACCACAGAGAACGUGGCCCUGUUCAUCUGGACCCAGCUGGUUCUGGUUCUGCCUCCAGACCUGCUGCACGAGGUCCGGAUCCACGAGACCGACAAGAACAUCGUGGUCUACCGAGGAGAGUAGCCCCGUUAUUGAUCCUCUACAGAGGAUAGUCUCGAUCAGGGUUAUUGAUCCUCGAGAGGUAAUUGAUCCUUGGUUAUUGAUCGUAGAGUUGAGCCAAUCAGAUGAUUAAUAUCUUGUAUUUGAACUUCACCAUCUGCCUUCAGAGGAAAGUUGAUCAAUAUUGAAUUUGUGUUCAUGUGAUUGAAACCGUGAUUAUUGAUCUCCAGGUGGUAACCAUGGCAACCAGAGGCAUGAUAAGUAUUCUCAUACAUGUGGACCAAAUGUAUCAACGUUUUAGAUUUGUUCAUUAAUUCAAUAAAUGAAACACGAACAUCGUUUCAGCUGCAACUGUAGAGCCGAGGACGAUGACGUCAUGAUGACAUCACCUGAUCGUCUUUGAAGGAAUAUUUCUCACAAUAAAAAGUUGAAUUAAA